AUGUACUGGCCGAUUGGAGCUCCUCGAAUAUAUGCAGCAAGCAGCAGUGCCGCAUCUAAAGAUCGCAUUAUUCAAACGGACGAUGACGCCGAGUCGCGGGAACCUACAGAAGGCAGCGGGUCUCUGAUAAAUGCGCCAAAUGAUGAAGCCGAGGAGACGGUUGAUGAUGAUCAAGAGUUAAAUUCUGGUUUAUCGACCCCCAUAACACCCAUUACACCGGGCAUAAAGCCAGUCGAACAUGACACUCAUACUCGACCGUCGAAUAGGUCAUCCCUCACCGAUGCAUCUUUUUUCCCCUCGAGCCGACCAGACAACGAUCCACUGUUGGCACUGAGAAUAUCUCGAAGCGUUCAUCUUUUCGCGGUCAUAACAUCUACCGCUCUUACAAUAUGGCAGACAAAGCCUACUGCUAUAUUAGCCGUUGUCAUUCGGUCGCAUAAAUCUCUGGCUACUUACGGAUCAAAUGUUACCCUCCUCCUCCGACCAGACUCCAUGAUAUUCGUCGUUCAGACAACAAAAGGUUUCCUGAUAACUUACACCUUGGCCACAGAUCCAGACUCCAGAGUUUUCAAGCCACACUUCGAAAAUCACACAAAUCGCAGGCAGAGUAAUUUUAGUGGCUAUAGGAGUCAGGGCGGUGAUAGGAUUCUUUGGGGUCCAGGCGAGGGAGGUGGUGUGAGAGAUGUGAGCGUAAAGUUUCGUAUGGUCAUCAAAGUCGACGCGGGUAUUGGGAAUGCACUAGCAUUGGAUGAUGAAUUGGUCGUCGCAACAAAAAAGCCAGGCGCAGUACAGUGUAUUAGAUGGACCCCAGACAGUACAGGUAACCAAACAAGUACAGAGAUUUUUAGCCGGAUGGAAUGGCUAGCUAAGGGAGCAAAUGUAUCCGAAAUGAUCUAUGAUAGACCGAUGAAUCUAUCUACUUGGAUCACCAGUGAUGGUCGGGCAUAUGCAGUACAGCGUCAUACCCGGCACAAGGAUUCAGAUGGGCACCGGAAGCUUUUCAGAGGUUAUUGCUUUCACGUACCUACCAAUGAAGACAACCACGCAAUGAAAUCAGCUAUCAAUGCUAGAUUUUCCCUCCUCGCUGUUGGCUGCAAUGAUGGCACAAUACAGGUAUACACCGCCAAGGAUUAUGUCGGCAAUGUACCGCCAUCACAUACCCAUCGUCUGUCAGUUUCCAAACAAUUUUCUGGCCAAUUAACUUGUCUCAGCUACUCUCCAGACGGAUACAGCCUUUUCGCAGGAUAUGAAAAUGGUUGGGCAAUGUGGAGUGUGUUUGGCAAACCAGGAGCAAAUAGUUUUGGAUCCGAUCGAAGAAUAUGCGACGAGAAUAAUGAGGCUUGGCUAGUUGGUGUUAGGGAAGCUGUUUGGCUUGGUGCUGGAACGGAGAUUCUCCUUAUCAGCCAGGGAGACAAUCGGCUGUGGAUUCUGGAAAUGGCACGCAGUGCUAUCACUGGAUGUUAUGCCUCUGCAAAUAUAUCUCGCACGUUACUUCAGACCACCUCAAGUAUAAUGGUUUAUCGAGGUUAUGAUAUGCCUGAUCUUACCACUAUAUCAGCCGAAUCUUCUUUGUGGCACAAUGCUCAAAUUCCUUCCAGUUAUCUUGUCGAUCAAUGGCCCAUACGUUGUUCGGUUAUAUCGUCUGAUGGCAGGUAUGUUGCAGUAGCAGGCCGGCGUGGACUUGCACAUUACAGUAUCAAUAGUGGUCGAUGGAAAACGUUCGUCAAUGAAAAUAUGGAAAACGAAUUUCAGGUAAGGGGAGGUAUGUGUUGGCACCAGCACAUUCUAGUGGCUGCUGUAGAAGCUGGAGAAUCUUUCGAGUUGCGCCUAUUUUCACGCGAGGCUCCUCUCGACAACACUGCCAUGUUGCAUGUCGAAUAUUUACCUGCACCGGUUGUUCUAGUUGCCCCGUCUGGAGAAGACUCUCUACUUGUAUAUACGUAUGACAACUUACUGUACCAUUACGUAUUUGCAACGACAAAUGGUGUAGUGAAGCUUGUACAGGUUGGUCAAAUAGCUUUUCAUGGCAUCGUCAGAUCUCCAGCUAGAGUGAGGGGUCUCAGUUGGAUUUUGCCAGAUCAACAAAUACUUGAAGGUGACCCGUCACAAGAUGUGGCCGUCGCGACUGUUCUUUUCCUGGUUGACGGCAAGCUUGUCUUACUACAACCAUCACUCACUGAUGAACGCAAACUUAAAUAUGAUAUGAGAGUCAUUGCACAAAAUAUUGAAUUUUAUGCUCUCAUGAGAGAUCAACCUUUGACGAAUCCACCCAGAAACACAGAAUCUACCGAGGAUUUAGGGGACCAUGGGCAAGGAAAUGGUCUACGAGAUGCGCUCUGGUUCUUUGAAGGCAACGAGAUCAAAGUAUGGCCCGAGGUCCAAGACGUCCUUCGUUCAGCUCCAUCGGAAUUAGGCCGCGAGCUUCCCUCCACGGUCUCCAUUCCCAUCGAUUUCUAUCCUUUGUCGGUUCUGCUUGGUAAAGGUAUCCUCCUUGGUCUUGAAACUGAUCUAGUUCAGCGUCGUGAUGUGAAUUUUGCCUUUUUCAAAUUCGCAAUAAGGACUCAUCUAUUCAUCCCACAAAUUCUUCGUUUCCAUUUAUCUCGAUUCGAUUCUUCGGCAGCUUUGCAUUUAGCCCAUCAGUACCAAAACCUUGAGUAUUUUGCGCACUCACUCGAAAUCUUGUUACACAAUGUUCUAGACGAGGAAGUAGACACGCCGCCAUCUCCCGAGGCAGCUUUACUGCCAGGCGUGUUGUCAUUUUUAUCCUCUUUCCCUCAAUAUUUGGACAUCGUUGUUCAAUGUACCCGUAAAACGGAGGUGAGGUCAUGGCGGACGCUAUUUACAUAUCUACCACCACCACAAGAAUUGUUUGAAGAGUCAUUACAAAGAGGCUUCUUGAAGACAGCUGGAGGAUACUUGCUAAUCCUUCACACAUUUGAAGAAUUAAGUUCAAGCUCGGAACAACUUGUUCGUUUACUUUCUCGUGCAAAAGAUGAAGAAGAUUGGGAGUUGUGUAAAGAACUCGCACGAUUCUUAACUGCUCUUGAUGAAACUGGAGCUACAUUAAUGGAGGCGUUGGAGAUGGUCAGCCUUCGAAGCCCUAAAAAUGACCGAGAAGCCACGAGUUUUAUGUUUGAAGGCACAAAAUUGAAAGGGCCUCGUCCAAUUAAGGAAGCUAGUGUCAACGGAAAUGAAGUUUAUGGCGAUUUAAGUCCCGGGAUGUCUCAGGGGAGCAGUGAGGCGGACUAUUUCUCCUCCCGGCACUAG